CUGCCCGAUAAAAAGCACACCAAAGCGGAGGUUGCCCUUUAAUUGCAGGCAAGCUUACGCACAGUGAAGAUGGUAGACCCAGCCGCGUUCACGAUAACGACGAUAAUCGCAUUAUCCACGUGCGUAACAGUGACCCAUAGUGCAGCAGACAACGUGUUUCCUGAGUACAUCAAAGUGUUGCCCAGUCCAUUGGUUUGCCUUUUGGACGGUUGCAUUAUCGGAACUACACGAAGUGCACUGGAAGGUUAUCAAUUUGAGGCGUUCUUUGGGAUUCCGUACGCCAAGCCUCCGCUGGGAAAAUUACGUUUUAAAGAUCCAGUGCAAGUAGAAUCGUGGGUCGGCAAUUACGAUGCCACUUUUGAACGAAGCAAGUGCAUACAGAAAAAUGACGCCCGUCCCCAAUCAUUUGUAGAGGGAAGUGAAGAUUGUUUAUAUCUGAACUUGUACCGACCUCUUCAUAUAGGUGAGAAACUUCCGGUGAUUGUCUACAUUCACGGUGGAAGUUAUGCUUCUGGUUCGGCAUCCUUUGCGGAGUACGGCCCUGAACGAUUGAUGGAUACUAAAAAGGUUUUAGUGGUGGUGAUUCAGUAUCGCCUUGGAGUGUUUGGAUUUCUUUCCACCGAUGAUAUUUCUUCUCCUGGAAAUUACGGGCUGAAAGACCAAAGUAUGGCAAUGCGCUGGGUGCAGAGAAAUAUUAAAAAGUUUGGAGGCGAUCCGAAUCGAGUCACACUGGUUGGUCAAAGUGCCGGUGGUGCUGCAGUACAAAUGCACAUGAUGUCCCAUUUAAGCCGAGGUACGUUUCAACAGGCUGUGAGCAUGAGUGGAACAGCGUUAGCGUAUUGGAAUUACAACAUUGAUCAAGCAAGGGUUGCAAGGCGUCAGGCUGCAGUUUUAGGUAUUCCUGCGGCUUAUAAAAUGUCCACAGAAAAGUUGGUGGAAACUCUACGCUGGGUAGAUGCCGUUGAGUUGGGCAAGAGCAUCGAUCGACUAAAAUAUUUCUAUGUUCAUCCAACUGCUUUGUAUCAACCAGUCAUGGAACGCCAUUUGACAAACGGUACGUUUCUCAGCGAAGACCCACGUGCACUUUGGUCUGCAGGGAAAUUCCAGCAAAUUCCGUGGAUAACCGGUACGGUUCCAAAUGAUGGCGCAGCUGAUUCUCUUGGAAUAAUUACAAAUGUUACGCUUUUAAAGCAGCUUAAUGAAAUGUCGAGGAAAUAUAUUCCUCGCUUGGCAGGCGGAGAUGACAAUGCCAAGGCAACCCAAAUGCUUAAGAAUCGGUUCUUCCAGGACGGAACAGACGAUCGCUGGCUGACUGCAAACAAUUUUCUACAUUUACAAGAUCUCCUCACCGAGUCUACCAUUACUUACCCCACGGCACGAAGUGUGAAGCAGCAUUUGGCGUUGAAAAAAAACAACAAGUCCCCGAUAGGAGUGUACUACUUUAAUUUCAAGGGCCGCUACUCGCAGUCAUAUUCCUACAGCUACACGACCAACGACUUCGGCGUGUGUCAUUCCGACGAACUGCUUUAUCUGUUCAGAAACACCGCAGUGGGAGCGGAUUUCCCCAGCGGUUCACCGGAGGCGAUCAUGGCAAAAAGUUUUGUUGAAUAUUUUGUAAAAAUUGCUUAUGAAGGAAUUCCCGGCCCAACGUGUAGAAACAAAGAUUGCCAAAUAUUAGAGUUUACCAACUCUGAGAAUCCAAAAGCACCAGUAGUGUUAAGCUUAGUAAAUGGAUUCAACGAAGACAUGUACAAGUUUUGGCAAAAAUAUUACAGUUUACAAGGAAUUUGAAUAACAACGUAUCGUAAGGGAGGAAGAUUUGCCAUAUUUCAAUAAUCGUCGUGCUUGUGAUACGCCAUCAGUAAGGGUAAGAUUUGAAGUCAAAACGUACUUAACAUGAACAUUAUCGAAACACUAGUUUUAUCUUUAAAUAUAUCGACUUUUAUUUGAAUCCUUAAUACCGCUAUGUGACCCUAGGUUGUCCGUUGUAAUAAGUCUUGAUUGUCAUUCUGCUUAACCUUAGCAUAAAAUCGACAAGUCCGUCAUUCAAAGGUGAUGUCAACAGGCUAUCAAAAUUAUAUACUAUUAUAUACAAAUGAUUCGUUUUCUGCUAACUUACAUCUCACUCUAACAAUUUUGAUUAUAUCUUCCAAAUCCAAACCUAAACAAACAAAUUAAAACUAAAAAAUGCAAUCUGCCAUAUAAAAGUUAACCCCAAAUUCUACUGCUUUGGUAUUAAAUUGUCUACUGGACUUUACGCUUUGUAUCACAACAUUUUAGAAUGGCACCACGUGUCAAAUUGGAGACAGAGAUUUACGCUGCGUUUCAGUGAGUUCCGGA